ACCUGUCCUGCACGUCGCCACCGUAGCACCUACCGACUGUGCUCUCUGCUUCCGCCAACAGUCGAAGCCGGCCGGUUUGGUGAUCCCGAAAGUUUCUGCUGAAAGCAGAAGUACCUACAAGUGCGUGUCGGCAUACAACGCGCAAGGUAGCCCCAGUUCAAUGAAUGAACGGGACUACGUUUUGCCGCACGGUCUACCAGCAUCGACAGCGAAAGCGCGUGUGUUCCCCGCUGACCGAGUUCAACGUGCCCUGUCAUCCACCGUUGUGGACUGACUGCCAUUUGGCGACGUCGAAAAGCGCUCGUCAUUGACCACCGGAUCGACGGAAAGGCCAACUCGAUAAGGCUGAGCGGGGACGCCUGAUUGCCGGGACAGCAUCCUGACAGCAGAGGCGCUCCGGGGUGGCACUCCGUCCACAGGCCGGCCGGCACGCUGCCCCGUCCCUGGCAGCACUGGCGGUCUCUGCCCUCCAUCCACGCGUCGCCUCGGUUCCCACAGGGUGCACGAUAGGUGCCCCAGCCGGAGCAACCGUGGCCCCUCGCUGCGAGCAGUUCGAGGUAGAAGCGCCCUCCGAGGAGAGACCAUGCUCCAGGGGCCCUUCGGGCAAGCAGCAAGAAGAGCAGCAUGUGUGGCCGGCGCUUGUGUAUCUCGGCGUGCGCCGUGGUAUCUCUGCUUCUGGUAUUCUUAGGUGUGGGCGUCCUCCUUGGCUUCGACCACGUGUUUAGGUACAUUCUUAACAAGGAGGUGUCUCUGUCGAAGCACUCGCGGGCGUUCCCAAUGUGGAAGGACCCCAGCCACGAAACCAAAAUCCGCUUUUUCUUCUUCAACGUCACCAACCCCAACGAGGUACUCAUCGGAGAGAAGCCGUCCGUCAAGGAAGUCGGGCCCUACACAUACAGGGCCAACUGGAUAAAGCACAACAUAACAUUCCAUGACAACGGAACCAUGUCCUACAAAGAGACCAAGCGUUACUAUUUCGACAGAGCGAGCUCUGUGGGACCAGAGUCUGACGAAAUUAUGACCGUCAACGUGCCUUUCGUGACGACGGCGCAGUUGCUGAAGGAACAGAACUUCAUCAUCCGCGGCAUCGCGUCCCUCUCGCUGUCGGGCCUCGGGCAGCGCAUCUUCAUUUCUCGCUCCGUGGGGCAGCUCACCUUCGGCGGCUACCCCGACAUCCUCGUGCUCCUGGGCUCGGUCAUCGACUCCGGCCGGCCGCGACCGGGACAACCGGGCUUCAACAUCGGCGACGUGUUCAGCCACGGCUACCGCACCGUCAUCGACAUGCUCGGCUCUCUGGUCGACCCUGACAAGCAGGGAACCAACGGGAAGUUCGGCUACAUGGUCAAUAAAAACGACACCAUCGAUGGGGAGUACACAAUCUUCACCGGUGAAGAUGACAUCUCCAAGGUGAACCAAGUGUACGAGUUCAACAAGCACAGGAAACUGGAGGUAUGGCCGGGUGAUGAAUGCAACACAUUAACAGGAACGCUUGGACAUAUUCGACCACCCCUGUCAAAAAGCAAUGAACAAGUUAUGUUCAUCCCGGACAUUUGCAGGUCUAUCCCAUUAGAAAGCAUAGGCUAUGAAUCAUUCAAAGGCUUGAAAGUGAAGCGCUUCAUAGCUGGGCCCACAGCUUUCGACAGUGGACAACAACGCAGUGAGAAUGAAUGCUUCGCUGCUGGCAGAACUUUGCCUGAUGGAGGAGCAAACCUUGGUCCCUGCAAGCAAGGCGCUCCACUUGUGCUUUCAUUUCCUCAUUUCUUGUAUGCUGACUCAUCCUAUCGAGCUGACGUUGAUGGCAUGAAUCCAGAUCCCAACAAACAUCAAUUCUUCUUCAACAGUGAACCUACACUUGGCGUGACUGUAAAUGUUCGAGGUCGGAUACAAGUAAGCGUCGUCUUGGAGCGAGUGUUUGGUCUUGGGCCCUUUUCUCGCGUUGCUGAAGGUGUGCUGCCACUCUUCUGGCAGGAAACGCGUGUUGAAGCAAAAGAGGACACAGUCAAGCUUCUGAGAACCAUUGUUCAACUUCCCGAGUACUCUCAGUGGGGCUCUGUUGGCCUCAUUAUCAUCAGCUCAGUGCUACUGGCUGCUUCAACGUUCUUGCUAUUCAGGCCACGGGUAACAAGGAGGGAGAUCACCAAAGUGCAGCCUAUUGCUAUAGACGUAAAGAAGCCUGGGGAUGCUACUUGUGGUGAUAUGUUUCCAAACAAAGUGGAGCGCAUCCUGCAGAAUGGCCUUGAUCGUAUCCCCAACUCAUUUGGGAUCACGGCAGUGCGCAACAACUUCAUCAAUGAGCUCAAGAACACCAGGAGGACUUCUGAACCAUCUGCACCCGCCGAGAUUAACAUCUACAAGACGUUUGUCGUUGGUGUUGUUGGGUUUGUCCUGGCUGUUCUUGGUGGUGGGGGUGCUCUGCUGCUGCCAAGGUUGUUCAGCAGCAUUUUAGAUGAGAAACUUCCUUUGGUUAAUAAUUCGGAUGCAUUUCAUCUGUGGCAAGACAUUCCUCUACCCAUCUACAGGAAAUUCUACUUCUUUAACUUGACCAAUCCAAAGCAGUUUCUUGCAAAAGAAGAGAAGCCAAAGUUUGAGGAGGUUGGACCUUAUUCUUACAGGGUGACAUGGGUAAAGGAGAACAUCACCUGGAAUUCCAAUGGCACAAUUUCCUACAGGGAAGUCAAGACAUACUUUUUUGACCGAAACGAAUCUGUUGGUACUGAAGAGGACCAGAUCACGACUAUCAACGCUCCUCUUGUGGCAGCGGGUGUCCUUCUGGAUAAGAUUCCAAAUCCUCUAAAACGCAGAGCAAUUGCAAUUUUUAUUAACAUACUUAAAGAAAAGCCAGUUUCACGACACACAGUGGGUGAGCUCCUGUUUGAUGGAUACAAGGAUCUGCUCGUCAUCGCCAGCCAGAAGCUUGACCCUACCUUGCCGCCUACAGAUGGAAAAUUUGGCUGGAUGAUGCUGCGUAAUGGUUCAAAUGAUGGCCUUUUCACUGUGUACACAGGCAAAGGCGAAAUGGACAAAUACAAUGUUAUCACUCGUUGGAAUGGCCUGCAAAACAUGACCUGGUGGAAUGGGACAUGCAACAUGAUAAAUGGCACAAAUGGCGAGCUCGUGCCUCCACUGAAACCUGGACAGGAGUUUAUUGAAAUUUACAGUCCUGACUUCUGCAGGUCAUUCAGAAUGCAGCAUAGUGGCAGUACAUCAAUGUUCGCAAUACCCCUGGAGCGGUUUGUAGCUCCAGAGACCACUUUCCAAAAUGGCGAAAACUAUUCUGCAAAUGCCUGCUUUGAUACAAAGCGCAAACUGCGCUCUGGAGCAAUGGACCUUGGCCCAUGCCAACAUGAUUUACCUGUGGCAUUGUCUUUCCCACAUUUCUACAUGGCUGACCCUUACUACUUGGAGCAAGUGGAGGGACUGCAGCCAAAUGGCAGUCUGCAUCGCUUUCAGCUGGACUUGGAACCUAAGUUGGGUCUCACCGUCAGCCUCAGAGGACGAAUCCAGCUGAACAUGGUUCUCAAGAAAAACCGUCUCAUCACGGGACUGACUGAUAUACCAGAAAUAGUCUAUCCUGUCCUGUGGGAGGAAAUAAACAUCGAACUGGACAAGGCGUUAGCUGAUUACCUGAAAAGCACAUUGGAAAAUCCUAUGUUCUACAGCACACUUUUUGCUUACCUCCUGCUGGCCUUGGGUGGUCUCCUCCUCUUGAUUAUAGUCGCGUUCAUUGCAGGCAGGGCUGCUUCGAGGCUACUUUAUUCAAAGGAUGUCGAAAGCAAGUCAUUGCUUGUUGAUACUGAUGAGGCAUUGGAGGCUGCUGCCGCAAAAAACCACCAGAAUGAGGGUGAAGUAAUUACGUGACCCUUGGAUUUUGUGAGAAGGUGAUUCAUUGCUAAAUGUUAUUGCUACUUUCGCGAAGAGGAAGCAGAGGUUGCAGUCACUGCUGUGAGACUGCUGCAUUGUCUAAAUCUCUCCUGACAUUUUGUUAACAAUAGUGAUGUCAGCAGAGCCAUUGUUAUCUGUAGUCAAAAUGUUGCUGUGAGCUGCUAAAACCUGCUUCGAAACUGCCUUUUACAGUUGAGGUAAAUGGACUGGUGUUUUAGAAUUCUGCAAGCAAGGAAAGCUUGCGAGUGAAGAGUUCUUAAGAGAUUUUACUUAUAGCAGCCGGUCUGCUUGUGCCAAGUGCAGUAUUGUCUGAACAAGGGCUUUUACUUGCUUCGGGCAUUGCGCUGCCUAUACCUGCUCACUGAUCAUCGUUUUACUUCAGCAAAGGUAUCGCUAUUUUAGCAUUGUCUUUCCUUGAGCUCUUGGUUAUAAGUUAGCCGAAUGUUGUUGCCUAGUGUGCUUAAUCUCUAGCCUUGCUUGAAGCCUUCUACCUUCAAGUCUCAAAGUACCUGCAUUUCUACGUCCAACAGUGCAGCAUUCAGGGUCAGUCAACAUUGUUUCGUUAGACAUUAUACUCUGUUUUUGUUUGUGAAGAUAGUUUCUCGACCUGUUGUGUGCAGUAUUCUCACACUGGUACUGCUUCUUGAGAAGAGCAUUAAAGUAUCUUUUGUAAUUAGCGUA